AUGAUGUUUAGGUUUGCACAGCAAUCGCAGGUGAUCAAGGGAAGACUGCCCAACCAGUUUGCCCACGCAUCAGCUAGAAACUCUUUUAACCAUUCGAUAAGGUUCAACAGUGCUGUUACUUUAGAGAGGCAAGAUUCUCCCAACAAUUCAGCUACAAAUCCUUUGGCUCAGACAACAAAUCAGGUAAAUGCGGCUGUCAAUAAGGUCCGUCAUUUAAGGAACAAUUUGAACGCUCAGACGGGGAAACCUCUACAACAGUUUAACAAUACGAACCGCAACAUCGGAAAUGCCCCUACACAAACGUCGGCUGACUCGCCAUGGUAUCACAAAGUUUGUGCUUUUGAAGACUGUGUGUCUCAAACACUAUACAUGUCGCAAACACCAAGACGUAAGAGCAUGAAGCAUCGUUCUGAACAUCCAAACUCAAAUGCGAACCCAUUGUUUUGGGAUUCUAUAGGUAGAGCCAUGGAUUUAUACCAUGAUUUGAUCAAUACUCCAGAACUAAACUCCGACCGUGUCUCUAAAUUAGUACAUUUGCUGCACAACGGUCUCAGAGCUAACAGGAACCAGUUGACCAGGAUGAAUAAGAAACCAGAUUACGAUUCACAAAGUUUCCACAAGGAGAUGACUAAUUACUUAUGCAAAUCUUUGAGAGAAAUUUCUGACGACAUGUUGCAAGGUAAAGUGGAAUUGAACGAAUAUGGUGCUAUGCAUUUGAUCACAGCUUUCAAGGAACUAUUAUUGUUUGAAGAAGCUGUCGAUAUUUGGAAAAAUGCUAUCAAUGGCAACAAUCAAUACACUGCCAAUAUCUUUUUAAAUCCAAGAGUCGUUGGUGUUAUCUUACCGAUCUUGUACGAUAACGGUGUGUCAUACCCAGAAAUUCAAUCUCUUUACGAGAGAUCUUCAUCGAUGAUCGACUAUUUCCAUCCAAAUCUAUCGGUGGGAAUGAUCAGAGCUUCAUUGUCAGCAGGUCAAAAUGAAAUGGCUCUGAAAUUAUUCCAAAAACUCUGUGAAGAGAGUACAGAGAUGAAGUACGGCUACUUAAUUGAGACUCAUCUUUCCUUCAUCGGCGAAUGUAAGGAUUUGAACGUAGCUCAAACAUUCUUUGACAAAGCGUUGAACGAUGAAAUGCCAUACAAGAUCGAUUUGCAAGUUUCAUACGUCAAAUCUUUCUUGAGAAACAUUUGGAGCCAGACCCAUGAUUUCAACCACGUUUACCAGAUCUGGUACAAGUCAUCUGUACACUACGGUAAGGGUGUUAACCAUGGUAUCUCAUCCUCUUUGAACGACACAUUCUUUGACAUUUUCUUCGAGAAUUAUGCUCAAGAUAAAGUUCAAGGGUUCCAAACGUUACAGAACUUGAUUCAGACUUACAAUCAGAUCAAAGCCAUCGACGAACCUUUCUUCAAUAUUAUUCUGGCUAAGUGUACAGUUUGGCGUGAUCGUGAUAUAAUCGAGUACAUCGAUAAGAGUUACGAGCUAUUCCACAUUCCCAAGACCAUUGUGGCUUACAGAAUUCUACUAAAAUCUAUGGGCUCUGUCGAUGAUGCAACUAACGUUGAAAUUUUGCAAAGAUGGAUCCAUCUCAUUGCUAAAUCUGAUGAGAUCGGUCAAAGAUUUAUCGCGAACGCUGACUGGGCGGCCUUAAGAGACGCUACUGUCACCUGGACUCAAUACCAAAAGGAGAACCAAAGUAACAACAACUCCAGCAUAGGAUCUCCAAAGAGUAGCGCUAGCACAGAAAUGUUCACUGCUUCGAAUGGUGAUGUGGAUUAUUCCCAUCCAGCACUUCAAGCUGCUAACGCUUCCGGUGCCUUCGAUGACCACGAACAAGCACAUUCCACUGCCGGUCAACAGCAGCCAGAACAGGAAUUCAUCAACAAUGGAAGAAUGCUGCUCUACUUGAAAAUUGUAAAGCGUUAUUCUCCUUUCUGUCGUGACUCUAGACAGCUGGCAAGGUUGACUACUGGUACAGCGGUCAAAUAUUCUGUAUUGCAGGAUGCACUAAAUGAGUUUCAGAAUUUGGAUGUUUCCGAUAUUCCAGUACCAAAUCUUCACAAUCUAAAACCUAACUGCAUGUGA